AACAACCAACCAUUGCGUCGAGUCGAGGUCUUGAUUCGUCUCAAGCUUCUCCCAGAGAGAUCCUCGGAAAUUCUGCAGAACAGCAACCGCCUGAAUAAACCCCAGACUAAUCACAGAUCUUUCUUCCUUUCUUCCUUUCUUCUUUCUUUCAUUUCCUUCUUCCCUCCCAUUAAGAUGGAUGUCUACUAAUUUCAAGUUGCUAUACGUUCCUUUUCAUCUACUUUCAUCAUGUUCUUCGUGCUCUUUCUUCUGCUCUCGUCUUGCUCGGCUGGCCCGAUCAUUCAUUUCGCUUCUGUCCUCCCCAAAGAGACCUCUGCGCCUUUCCCAGUCACUUCGCUCGCUUCCUCGCAUCUUCGCAUGGUUCGAGAUGGAAUCCUGAGUGUUAUUCCGGUGGCACAGUCUGCCGUACCUUCGAAGAUUAUAUCCACGUCUGCUGACGCUCCUACGUAUACCUUCCCGGCAACUAUCACCACUACUACAAGCAAGACUACGAUCCCUCACACGCCUAGUGAGGACUCAUACACGUUAUCAUCGUCCCAAGCAUGGGGAGGAAGCCGCACAUUGACAGAUGGUGUUGUCGAGACCCUCCCAAGUGCAGAGUCUGCUACGACCACAACAACUACCAGACCAGGCAGUGUCUCCUCUACAUUAACUCCUUCAACUUCAACCCCUUAUGUUUCUUCGUCUUUUCAGACGUUGACGGGAAGCACAACGUUGACAGGGGGAGUUGUUGAGACCCUCCUACCUGCAGAUUCUCUCACAGCGACCUCAACCACAACCACAACCACUGCCUCAUCUACACUAACUCCUCCUUCAACUUCAACCCCACUUGCUUCCUCCUCUUCUCAAGCCGCAGCAGCAGGCAGCACUGCAUUAACCGCGGGAGUUGUUGAGACCCUCCCAACCACUGGGUUGACAACGUCCACCACCACGGCUGCUAGUCCAACCCUGAGCAGCAGCUCGACUAAGACAUCUAUACACACCAGUUCAAGUCCAACUCCGCUUAUCAACCCAGUGACAAGCCUAAUCACAUCUCCUUCGGCCGCGAGUCCCCGCGUCAGUGAAGAAACCACCACGAGCACGAGUACUUCUGUGCAAACAUUACAGCCUUCCAGCAGCACACAGACGUUGACAACUGUAGAGAGUGCUGUCCCUGUUCAAACCCCGGUCAUUGUCCUAAUUACACUGGGUUCAGACCAUCCUACCACAGAAACUUUUAUUCCUAGUGCAGGAUUUGGAUCCUCUUCAAGCUCGACCUCUUCGUCUACAUCUACAUCUGCCUUGACCACCUCCUCUUCCACUACCACUGCUACUGCUAUCCCGACUUCCCAGGAAACCCUCACUACAACCACUAUCCCAACCGUCCACAUCACCAAAACAAAAACCGUCGUCGUCUCGCUGACCGCAACAACAACAACAACAACAACAACAACAACAACAACAACAACAACAGCCCCGGAAAUCGUGACCGCCACCAGCGCCAACACCAACAACCACAACCACAACCACAACCACGACAGUAGCAACGACAACACCGAUGACAGUAUUAGUAGAGGUGGAAGUGCCCUAUCGCUUAAGCCCCUCACACCGGCUGGAUUUGUGACAGUGACAGUGACGCAAACCGUCACUGAGACUGUUACGGGUGGUCCGAAAGAGACAGUCACACUCUAUGGUUGAGGGGGUUUCCUUCCAGUACUUACUUACUUAUUAGUCUAUAUGUUUGGGUUUUGGGUUCCUGUUUUCUCUUGCUGCGAUAUAAGUAAUUUGGUUCUUUUUAUAGAUAGAUAGUUAAGAACACAUAGAUGGUUAAUAAUCACUACUUAACUAACUAACUA